GCCCGGAACCAUCGUCGCAUAUGUUGUUUCCACCCGGAGUCAUGAGAAGCAAGCACUGCAAGCAUGUUGUGAACUCUGGAAGUGUCCAUGCUGAAAUAUCCGAUAAUAAUCCUUUGAUAUUUUUGUGUUAAAUCCAUAAAACGAGUCAAUGUAACCGGAAGAAUAGUCUGGGACUUAACAACAACAAUUACAGCCGUAUUUCUGACUGCACCUAUCAGUCACCAUGGGACUCAAGCGACAGAAAAUAGCCAAGAAAACCAUAAGCUUCUACAAAUACAACUUCAGCUUCAGACAACCAUUUCAGAUCCUCAUCGAUGGGACUUUUUGUCAGAUGGCUUUAAAGAACAAAAUUCAGAUCAAAGAGCAAAUGCCCAAAUAUCUGAUGGGAGAAGUGCAGCUGUGCACCACAAACUGUGCACUGAAAGAACUGGAGACUCUGGGGAAAGAGCUGUAUGGAGCAAGAAUCAUCCUGCAGAAGUUUCAGUCCAGGAGAUGUGCACAUCUUAAGGAUCCUGUCCCGGCUUCAGAGUGUCUGCUGUCCAUGCUGGGGGAGACAAACCCACACAACUACUUAGUUGCCACACAGGACCACACAGUCACUGCAGGUGUGAAGAAGAUCCCAGGCGUUCCUCUGCUCUACAUCAUCCUCAACACCAUCGUGCUGGACAAGCCCUGCCAGACGUCCCUUGAUCACGUGAAGGCCGUCUCGCUGGGAGAGAUGGUCAGCGUGGCGCAGCAGCAGAGCAUCCGCAGCCUGAAGGAGGACAAGGGCAUUGCACAGAAGGACGGAGAGAGGCGGGGGAAGAAGAGGAAGAGGAAACAGAGCAAUCCUAACCCUCUGAGCUGCCUGAAGAAAAAGAAGAAAGGGGGGCCGACACCACCGAAGAACACGGAGCAGGGGCAGAAGAAGAAAAGAGUUAGAAACAAGAAACAAAAGACGGAGGGAGGAGACAACUUGUCAGCUCCUGUGGUUACAAACGCAUAGAAACAAGACAGACUUUAUCCAUUCGUUUCUUUAAUUCAUUAUAUGAAAAGUUCCACAAUCUAAAAUAUAUGAUACUUGCUCUAGUGUGUUUUACUGAUGUUAUUAGAAUAAAGCAAUGUUUUUCACAUGAUAACAUUUUAAAAUA